AUGGGUGGUAAGAAGAAGAAAACGGCAGUGCCAGGAGUUCCUACGGCUGCUGCAUGCAACAUUGGACCCGCGUCGGGGAACGGCGAUUCGGAUUCAUCCGCUGGGAAAAACCAGCAGAAAAGGCCAAAUUCUGCUAAAGCCUCAACGAAGGAUAGCAAAACAAAAGCUCCUAAAACAUACAGCCUCUCCAACACUUCUCAGGUUGACACGAGUGGGGUCUCUGAUAAGUCAGUUCUCAAAGUUGUCAUUCAGCCAGACUUGGAGAAGAAGGUUGUCAAGUUGAUCAAUGAUUGCAGACAAGAACAUGGAGAUAAAGGACCAGUAUCAGGCAGAAUCACCACUAAAAAGCUGCUGGAUCUAUACACUGCUCUACAGAGGUUUAAUUUCAAGACUGGGCACAUUGAAGAGGCCAUGAAGAGCAGUGUACUGUAUGGAGGAGACCUGCACUCUGCACUUGAUUGGCUUUGUCUGAAUCUCAGAGAUGAUGAGCUUCCCGAGGGUUUUAGUCAAAGUAUGCAAGAGGAGAACCGCAAGAGCAGACCCAAGUUCCAACCCCCUAAAGAAGAUAGAAAACAACAAGUGCCAAAGACAGAAACCCCAAAAGAGGCAGAAAAACAGAAAGCAAAGGCUCCAGUGAAAGAUGAGGACGCGAGCAUGAAGGAGUGGAUCCUGAGGUAUGCUGAGCAGUCCAGUGAGGACAGCAGCGAGGAAGAAGACAAGAAAGGAACAGGUGUAUACAAUCCAGAGCUGGAGGAGAAAUUUGAUCCUAAUGACAGAUACCUGGUGCUGACAGCUCAGCUGUAUGAUGCUAAGGAGAUGGCUGCAGCAGCCAAAGCCAAAAGAGACAAAACAGCCCAGAGGACAGCACAGGACAGGAUCAGGGUCAUACAACAAGAAAUGAAACCUCUAGAGUCUCAUCCUAUGUUUAAUCCAGCCAUUAAAGUGAAAGACACACCUAAAGAGGAGAAGAAGGCUGCUCCCAUCUCAGAGGGGAAGGAAGAUUUGAACUUUAACCUCUUUGAACAAGCAGAGACACCCCCUGUGGAGAAGACAGUAAAAAAGAAUGAGCCCAAAGACAUCCGGAAUUUUGACUACACAGCACGAAGCUGGACUGGCAAGUCACCUAAGCAGUUUCUAAUUGACUGGUGUAGGAAAAAUCUACCAAAAAGCCCUCCACCCUCUUUCCAGAAAGUUCCAGCUGGGAGAUACUGGAAAUGCAAAGUUCGUAUUCAGAGGGUUGAUGAUGUCCUGGAGGUCUGCCCCACAAUCCUGACUGAGGACAGCAUGCAGGCCCAGCAUUUAGGAGCCACACUAGCCCUUUAUAACCUGGUCAAAGGACAGUCUGUGCACCAGUUACUCCCCCCCACAUAUCGUGAUGUGUGGCUUGAGUGGAGGGACAGUGAGCAGAAGGAAGAGGAACAGAGUCGAUCUGCCAUCAAUAAACCUAGAGACCAGUUCAUCGCUCGACUGCUGACGCGUCUCAAGCAGCAGGCCCACAAACAGCAGGUUGAGCCUGAGUCGAGGCAAAAGGAUGACGGGGAGGUGCCAGAGGACUCCUGGGAAAACCUGGCCGUGCAGGAGGAGGAACCGCAGGGCCGAGGAGGGCCUGCAGCAGAAGAAUCAUCUCGUUCUCUCCUGUUACAGCUCCGUGGCUCAGCUUUGGCCCGCAGGCUGCUGACCGAGAGGGAGCAGCUACCCGUCUUUCAACACCGUGAGCGCAUCCUGGAGACGCUACGACGGCAUCGCAUCGUGGUGGUCGCCGGGGAGACGGGCAGCGGGAAGAGCACUCAGAUUCCUCAGUUCAUCCUGGGAGACCUGCUCACUGGAGGAGACGCAGCUCAGCCGUGCAACAUAGUGGUCACUCAACCCAGGAGGAUCUCUGCCAUGAGUCUGGCCAGCAGAGUGUCCCAAGAACUGGGCAGUGAGGAUGGUCCCGGAGGCAGGACAUCAUUGUGCGGCUAUCAAAUCCGAAUGGAGAACCGCUCCGGAGAUGCAACGCGUCUGCUGUACUGCACUACUGGAGUUCUCUUAAGAAAGCUGCAGCAGGAUCGUCUGCUGAACUCCUUGACUCACAUUAUUGUGGAUGAGGUCCAUGAGCGCAGCGUACAGUCUGACUUCCUCCUCACUAUUCUGAAGGACGUGGUCCAGAAACGUUCAGACUUGCACUUGGUCCUGAUGAGUGCCACAGUUGACUGUGAUAAGUUUGCCAAAUACUUCAAUCACUGUCCCGUGGUCAACAUCCCCGGCAGAACCUUCCCUGUGGAUGUGUUCCACUUGGAAGACAUAGUGGAGGAGACAGGCUAUGUUCUGGAGAAGGACUCAGAUUACUCCCAGAAGUUUGUGGAAGAAGAGGAGGAGGUCAGUAUCAGUAUCACACAGAAGGGAGGGAAGAGUCUACAGUACCAGGAGGUGAUAACGAGAGACUCAGGAUCAGGUGUGGACCUGGGUCCUGACUUGGACCACUUAAGCAGCCGCACACGCCAUGCUCUGCAAUACAUGAACCCCAACAAGAUCAAUAUGGACCUGAUCCUUGACCUGCUGGACUACCUGGACAAGUCACCUCAGUUUGCAAAAGUGGACGGUGCUGUUCUGAUAUUUCUGCCGGGCCUGGCACAUAUACAACAGCUUUACGAUCUCCUGAGCACAGAUAAGAGGUUCUGCUCCAAAGACAGAUACAAGCUGGUCGCUCUCCACUCCACCCUGUCAUCUCAGGACCAAGCUUCUGCUUUCACAGUGCCCCCUCCUGGAGUAAGAAAGAUAGUACUGUCUACAAAUAUUGCUGAAACGGGAGUUACAAUUCCAGAUGUGGUCUUUGUCAUCGACACUGGAAAAACAAAAGAGAAUCGGUAUCAUGAGAGCAGUCAGAUGAGUUCUCUGGUAGAGACGUUUGUAAGCAAAGCCAGCGCCCUCCAGAGGCAGGGAAGAGCUGGCCGCGUACGGCAGGGAUUCUGCUUCCGCCUCUACACCAAGUACAGAUUCAAUGGUUUCAUAGACUACUCUAUCCCGGAGAUACUGAGAGUUCCACUGGAGGAACUGUGUCUUCAUAUCAUGAAAUGUGAGUAUGGCUCUCCGGAGGACUUCCUGUCUCGAGCUCUGGAUGCACCACAGCAGCAGGCGGUGUGUAAUGCUGUGAGUUUGCUGAGGAAAAUUGGCGCCUGCCAUCAGGAGAGCCACACUCUCACCCCGCUGGGCCACCACCUCGCCACCCUCCCUGUCAAUGUCAAGAUUGGCAAGAUGCUCAUCUUUGGUGCCAUCCUGGGCUGCCUGGAGCCUAUAGCCACCAUUGCAGCAGCAAUGUCAGAGAAGUCCCCCUUUGUCACGCCCAUGGGCCGAAAGGAGCAGGCCAACCUGGCCAAGUCUGCAUUAGCAGUGGCCAAUUCUGAUCACCUGACCAUUUACAAUGCUUACCUGGGCUGGAAGAGAGCGCGACGUGACGGGACUCAGGCUGAAGUGGUGUACUGCAGGAAGAACUUCCUGAACCACACUGCCCUCCUCACUGUAGAGGAUGUAAAGCAGGAGCUGAUGAGGAUGGUGGAGCAGGCUGGAUUCGCCGCCUCAAAGUCCGCUCACGGUCUUCGCUCACAGUCAAGGCCUGAACCCAAGGGCCUUGGUUCGCUGACCAAACCGGAGAUCUCGCUCCUGAACACGGUUCUGACCGCAGGGCUUUACGACAGCGUCGGCCGUAUUCUCUACACGCCCUCGGUUGACGUUCAGGAACAGGUGACCUGCACGGUAGAAACAGCCCAGGGGAAAGCCCAGGUCCACCCCUCCUCUGUCAACCGCAACCUGCAGACUCACGGCUGGCUGCUUUUCCAGGAGAAGGUGAAGUACUCUAAGGUAUAUCUGCGGGACACUACUUUGAUCUCGCCUUUCCCCAUGCUGCUUUUCGGCGGUGAUAUUGACGUUCAGCACCGUGAGAGGCUCAUCACUCUGGACGGAUGGAUUCAUUUCCAGGCCCCAGUCAGAAUCGGAGUGAUCUUCAAACACUUGCGCAAACUGAUUGACUCCCUCCUGGAGAGGAAGUUGGAGAACCCCAAGAUGAAUCUAGAAGAUGAGAAGACCAUACAGAUAAUAACAGAGCUGAUUAAGACAGAGAAUGCUGUUUGA